UCGACAUAGGAACCAGUUGAGUUUGAGCUCUAAGUACUCCACCUCAGGGCAUAAAUGUCAGUAGUAUAGAACCCAAUACUGGUGAUAUGUUUCAGCGUACUGUUAUGACUCUCUCUCUUUAUCUAUCUCCUUGUCUAAAUUUUGUGCAAGUCAUGUGCUUCACAGAAAGAAAAAGUUUAGUGAGGUUUCUGGUCCUGUAUUUCUCUCUGACCAUAACUAUAUCAUCUGGAGCCAGCACCAUAUCUGCAAAUCAGUCUCUCUCUGGAGAUUAUACAAUCAUAUCCAAAGGUGAACAAUUCGAGUUGGGUUUCUUCAAAGCAGGUAACUCUUCCAACUAUUACAUUGGCAUCUGGUAUAAGAAGCUCUAUUCCAAUCCUCCUACCAUAGUUUGGGUGGCAAACAGAGAAACACCCAUCUCUGAUAGAUUCCGUUCAGAAUUAAAAAUCAUUGAUGGUAAUUUGGUGCUCUUGAAUGAGUCCAAGUUCCAGAUUUGGUCCACAAAUGUCACCACCACCACCACCAUUUUUACUUCUGCAAUAGUUGUUCUUCUUGAUGAUGGUAACUUAGUUUUGAGAGAUGGUACUUCAAAUUCAGUUGAACCUAUUUGGCAAAGUUUUGAUCACCCAACUCAUACUUGGCUGCCUGGUGCUAAAUUUGGUUAUGACAAUCGAGUGAAAAAGAGCCAACUUCUAACGUCAUGGAGAAGCAACGAUAAUCCUGCUGUAGGACUCUUUUCUUUGGAGUUCGACCCGUCUAGUAUAAAUUAUGUGAGCAAAUGGAAUGGCUCCCAAGAAUACUGGACAACUGGGCCUUGGAAGGAGCAAGUUUAUAACUUCACACCUGAAUUGAUCAGGCUAAAUUCCAUUUAUAAUUUCAGCUACUAUAGAAAUGAGAAUGGGAGCUACAUCACUUAUUCUCCCACCAUGAUAGCUAGAUUUGUAAUGGAUGUUUCUGGUCAACUUCAGCAGCAAUCAUGGUUGGAAACUACCAAAGGGUGGAAUACACUUUGGUCUCAACCUAGAAUGCAGUGUGGGGUCUAUGCUUUGUGCGGGGCUUUUGGUACUUGCAGGCAGAAUGAACUCCAUUUCUGUAGUUGCUUGAUUGGCUUCAAGCCUAGAUCCGAGAAUGAUUGGAAUCAGAGUGAUUUCUCUGGUGGUUGUGUGAGAAAAACCGAUUUGGGAUGUGAGGGAAACGUGGAAAAGUUUGAUUUUCUAAUGGUUACAGUCAGGAGCCUGCCUCCAAAUAAUUCUGUAGCAGUUGGGACUGCUGGAAUAUGCCGUACAACCUGUUUAAGCGAUUGUUCCUGUAAUGCUUACUCUUUUAUCAAUAAUCAAUGUUCACUUUGGAAUGGAGAUCUCUUGAACCUAUCAGAAGACAAUGCCAGUGGGAACACAAUCUAUGUUAAAGUUGCUUCAAAAGAUAUUCCACAUUGUAAAAAGAGUAAUUUUGAUAUCGUGGGGGUUAUUGUUGGGUCCGUUGCAGGUGUUGUUUUUGUCUUAGGUCUAAUUUUUCUUUUAAUCUAUAGAAGAAAGAGGAAAUUAGUUGGCAAGACAAUAAUGGAGGGAUCAUUGGUGGCGUUCGCCUAUAAAGAUUUAAAAAUUGCCACCAAAAAUUUCUCCGAAAAAUUAGGAGGUGGUGGUUUUGGCUCCGUUUUUAAGGGGGUACUUCAUGAUUCGUCCACCGUGGCAGUGAAAAAGCUUGAAAGCAUUAGCCAAGGAGAAAAGCAAUUCAGGAGCGAAGUUAGCACAAUGGGUAUAAUCCAACAUGUUCAUCUUGUACGCCUUCGUGGGUUUUGUGCAGAAGGUAACAACAAGUUAUUGGUGUAUGAUUACAUGGAAAAAGGUUCUCUAGAUAGCCAUCUUUUCCAUGAAAAACAAGUUCUAAACUGGAAAACAAGGUACCAGAUUGCACUUGGAACUGCAAAAGGAUUGGUUUAUCUUCAUGAGAAGUGCCUAGACUGUAUAAUUCACUGCGACAUAAAGCCAGAUAACAUUCUUUUAGAUGCGGAUUUCCAACCAAAAAUUGCUGAUUUUGGGCUGGCAAAGCUUGUUGGUCGAGACUUUAGUAGGGUUUUGACAACUGCAAGGGGGUCAAUAGGGUAUCUAGCACCAGAAUGGUUAUCGGGGGUGGCUGUGACAGCCAAAGCAGAUGUAUAUAGCUAUGGAAUGAUGCUUUUUGAAUUAGUUCAUGGCAAGCGGAAUGCAGAGCAAUGCGAAGAUUCAAGGAGUACUUUCUUCCCUGGUUUGGUAGCAAAUGUUCUUAUAGAGGGAGGUGAUAUCCUUAGCCUGCUAGAUACUAGAUUAAACAGGGAAGCUUGUGCUGAAGAAGUGACAAAAAUUUGCAAAGUUGCAUGUUGGUGUAUCCAAGAUGAGGAAGAGAAUAGGCCUGCCAUGAGUCUGGUGGAACGAAUUCUUGAAGGGGUUUCAGAUGUGAGCAUGCCUCCGAUCCCCCAAAUUGUCGCUUUGUUUGUUAAGGACAUGGGGGAUGUUAUGUUCUUCACUGAUUCACCUUCAAGCGGGUGCUGACUAGUCCAUAGCAAAUUUCCCAGCUGGUGAAUCCUCAUCAAAUAUAUUAUCUUCUUUAAGGUAAUUGUCUUUAUCUUCUUUGUUAUUUUCACAUUAGACAUUGUAUUGUCAAAAAAAUAAAUGAGUCGUCAUUGAUAGUUCAUGUAAGGAAGAUCUUUACGGUGAGUUUACCAGGAGUACAUGUCCCUAUACAUACUUUGAUAUUUUGAUUCUAUAUGA